UGAAGUGGGCCUGCGCAGUGGGCCCAUCAAAGGCCUCUCCAGCCCGAGGCCUCUAGAAAUACAGUUCCAAGUGACUGUAAGGCUACCUCCCGCUGCCGUUUGUCCCAGGAUCGCUUCGCCCCGACCGCCUCCCUACGCCCACGCAGCAUGUCGUCCUGCAGCCGCGUGGCGCUGGUGACCGGGGGUAACAAGGGCAUCGGCUUCGCCAUCACGCGUGACCUCUGUCGGAAGUUCUCGGGGGACGUGGUGCUCACGGCGCGGGACGAGGCGCGGGGCAAGGCUGCGGUGCAGCAGCUGCAGGCGGAGGGCCUGAGCCCGCGCUUCCACCAACUGGACAUCGAUGACCCGCAGAGCAUCCGCGCCCUGCGCGACUUUCUGCGCAAGGAGUAUGGGGGACUGGACGUGCUGGUCAACAACGCGGGCAUCGCCUUCAAGGUUGCUGACCCAACUCCCUUCCACGUUCAAGCCGAAGUGACCAUGAAAACGAACUUUUUUGGUACCCGAGAUGUCUGCACUGAACUCCUGCCUCUAAUAAAACCCCAAGGCAGAGUGGUGAACGUGUCGAGCAUGGUGAGCCUCAGGGCCCUGAAAAACUGCAGCCCAGAGCUGCAGCAGAAGUUUCGCAGUGACACCAUCACAGAGGAGGAGCUGGUGGGGCUCAUGAACAAGUUUGUGGAAGACACGAAGAAAGGAGUGCAUAAUAAAGAAGGCUGGCCGAACAGUGCUUAUGGAGUGACCAAGAUCGGGGUGACAGUCCUGUCCAGAAUCCACGCCCGGAAACUCAGCGAGCAGAGGAGAGGGGACAAGAUCCUCCUCAAUGCCUGUUGCCCCGGGUGGGUGAGAACCGACAUGGCGGGACCAAAAGCCACCAAGAGCCCCGAAGAAGGAGCAGAGACUCCCGUGUACUUGGCCCUUUUGCCGCCAGAUGCAGAGGGACCCCACGGACAGUUUGUUCAGGAGAAAAAAGUUGAGCCGUGGUGAACUCAACUCUCACCUCUUCCCACAGCAUCCCCUCCCUGCUUUGUAUCCUGUCAUGGUGAGGGCCAGGGUACAUUCUUAACAGUGCUAACACAGUAACUUGACACUCAUUAACUAGUUGACUCAUGGUGUGGCCUUGUAUUCCAUGACGUUCUUUAUGAUCCCCUCUGUGAUGCAGGGUGAGAAAGAGUAAAUUCUGGAGAAGAAAAAAAAAUAAAAAUAACUAGUUCUUUCAGCAUAA